AUGGAUUAUAAUGGUCAAUUCCUAAGUAGAUAUUUCUUAGCAUUUCCUAAUGAUAUAAUAAUUGAUAUAAUUGACGACUUACCGACUUCAAGAAUUCAAUUUCUAAUGAAUACAUCCUUAUUUGAACCACCAGUUUAUGAUGAAUUCAUAGAUGAUAUCAUCUUGAGCACAAACCAUCCUAAUUUAAAUAGGUAUAUGACUUCUACAAUAAAUACAUUAACUGAAUCAAUUUAUGUGAGACGUUUACCUCCCAAUUAUGUUCCUCAAAGUAUUCUUAUCAGUACCAGUCAACAUGCUAUAAAACAGGUAUUGCAUGAUGAUGCUAAGAUUUUAAAAAUCAUCAAAUAUAUUAAAAUCCGAUUACGUUAUGACUUGAGCGUUUACGGGGCGCAGAUUAGUAUACCAAAUGAUAUACUUCAUCUUUCAAAUUUGACAAGGCUAGAAAUGAAGUUUUAUAACAGGUCAACUAAACAAAUGAUAUUUGCUCAAUUCAAUAUUGAAAAACCCAAAGCUAAAGAACAAUUACCAAAAACAUUAGCUAAAACGCAAAAUUUUAAAUAUGUUUUGGAACAGUUAGAAUCUACUCUAGUGGAUUAUUUGAUAGUUGAGCAUCUACCGGAAUUGAAACAGUUUCACCAUUUUAGGAAUUUGCAAAGUUUAACUAUUAAACAUGGGGAAUUUGAUUCUCCCAUAAAGAUACCAAUUUCGUUAGAAAGAAUGUUCUUUGAGUCAUGUAAAUUCAAAGAUAUUGUUCAACAUUUUUCAUGGCCUGAAAGGGGAAAGUAUAUUAAUUUGAAAAUGUGUUCAGGUUAUGAAUCAAGUGAUAUCAGUCAAAUUGAAUUAUCAAAUUGGCCUAUCCAUCUAACAGAUUUAAAAUUGAAAUAUAACAAUUUCAAACAUGACCUAUUAAUAACCAAUUUACCUUCAAGUUUAGAAUGUCUUGAAAUUAUAGGGAAAGUUCCAUAUGAUAUUAGUUUGAAUGAACAAUCAAUUCCAGAAAUUACGUUUCCUGAAUCAUUAGAAACCAUAAUGUUAACUUCGGUUAAAUUAUAUAAUCUGACUGAAAGUAAGAUUAUAUUUCCCCAAAUGUUAUCAGAUUUAACUCUUUCUAAUUGCUUACAUUCCAUAAAGCAGUGUCUAUUCCCUCCCUCAUUAACAACCUUAAUUUUGAAUAAUAAUAGUAUUCAAAGUUUAGAGGAAUACAAUGAUUCUCAAUUCAACAAACAUUGGAACCAAUUAAUCAACUUGACAACAUUGGAAUUAGAUACAAACUGCAUUCCCCAUGAAGGAAUCGUCGAUUGGUUACCACCUCCCAACGUCAAAUAUCUAGAUAUUAGUCAAUAA